AUGUCGUUCACAACCCCAUCCUACCAGCAUCUCUAUCCAUCACCACCCUCGACACCUCAAUCCCACCGCCCAGUCCCCCCACCUCUCAUGGUCACCCCACCCUCUCAGUUCUCCACACCACUCUCUUCGCCGACCUUGACCCCGGCACAUUGUCUCGCACCUCUCCACCCUCUGGACUUUAGCCCUCUUACGCCACCCGCCCCGAUCACCCCUCCCUCAUCUCAAUUCCGCUCCAGCAUCUUCGCCAUGGCUACCUCCGCCCUCCACCCACGCGUCUACUCCCGGUCUGACUCGAUGGACUGUCAGGCAGAAGCGGGGCCGAGCAACCACAGGCGGUCGAGGUCUAGGGAAUUCUGGUCGAAUCUGGGAUUUUCAGGAGGCGGACAGAAGAUGCAGCGGAAGGAGGAUGUACAGGAUGACCGCAUGGACUUGGAUGAGCCUACUGCGCCUAUCUCUGUUGUGCUCCCACCUUCGCUUCCUACCUGCACCCUCGCUGCCGCGUUCCAGUGCUCAGACACCAACGCCGACAUUCCACCCGCAUUCUACCCCGGCCAAGCCAUUCCGACUAUCCUCACCUUCCAGCUCGACCGGUACUCAUCUCUCCCCCACGCCCUCAAUCCUACUCUCACCAUGUCCCUGGUCGGUACCCUUCACACCCCUCACUCCGCUCCUCGAACCAUCAUCUGCGUCUCGGUUUCACUGGCGGAAGGGCUCGCACUAUGGGCGCGGGAUGCCACCUCGGCCUACGCGGAUCGGGUGGGGCGGGAAGAUGUACCGGACGUCUCGGUCGGUCUACCCGGCGGUACCUACUCUCUUCCCCUCACGGUUCAGGUCCCCUCCACCCCCCGUCUUCCCCCAAGCUACUCUGUUCCCGGAGCCAGCUUCGCGGUCACCUACGCGCUCACUGUCACUCUCACGUGCGACGACUGCCAUCGUCCGGGCAACCGGGUCGUCCUCGCCGAAGCGGCAAGACCGUUUGAGAUGAUGCCGGACACAAUGCCAACCCGCGCGCCUCGCUUCACCCCGCAGACGUUCUGGGUACGGAUGGACAAUGAGUCUGCUCCCGGUGCCAUGGGCGUCAAGGGGACUACACGCCGGCCCAACCACCGCUGGACCGUCUCUCCCGAACUCCCCACCACCGCCUUUUCGCCCACCUCCAACAUUCCUCUCAAGCUCGGCUUGAAACCACCAACCGAGGGUACCGGCCAGGCAUACCAGGUCUUGAUCCGGUUAUCGUUGCUCAGGCGGGAGCACUCCUCCCUGGUGACCAACGUCCCGGUGGAUCCCGCUACGCAGAUGGCGCUGGUGUCGGAGACCGAGGUGUCGGUGCGGUGGGGCUGGAUCACCUGCACCGACCAGGAUGGGGAUAUCACUCUGGACAAUGUCGACCUCCCCAUCACCCUCCCCGGCAAGUCAUGGCGUCAUGGGUACUCCACUCACCUCAAUGUCGGGUCCGCAGGUGGUGACGCCAACAACACCAGCAUCUCGGUCUCAUCUACCUUCCAUCUCUGCUGCACCCUCGCCUUCCUCCCCAUCUCCGACAUCUCCUCACCUGUCCUCGACCGGUUUCUCCCUCAAUCCGCACUCGACAUUCUGCCCCCGCAAGGCGUCUUCACCGCGGUCGAGCCUGGAUCCCCCUUCUCCUCCCUGCCAAUGGCGUACAUCAAGCGCACCUGGCCAGGAACGAUCAAGACCCUUCCCCUCCCGGUCGUCAUCGGAUCAGUAUCGGAGCCGCGCGGCGCUAUGCACACGACGAGGUGGUCGGACCUCAUGCUCAGCGGUUCGGGCGAGACGGAGACGGGGAGGAUGAUUCACGGCGAGGGGGUCAGCUGCGAGGAUGGGUGGAUCGUGCCGCCUCCAGAUUACUUGGAGGCGUGUGGAGUGGUACCAUAUAUCUAUGCGUAG